UGUCAAAACAAAGUUUCCUGCGAGUUAUCUUUAUCUUUUCGCGUCUUAUGUUGUCUAGCGCUAUCAUUCUCUAUCAUCGCUAGUAGAAUUUGAGUUCAUCAGUGUUUUACUAUAUUUCAAGACGUUUCUAACUUUAUUUGCUUCUAAAAUGGCUUCAAAAGUGCCUAAAGUAGCAUUUAACAACGGAUUCGAAUGUCCAAUACUUGGCAUCGGUACAUGGAAGUCAAAACCCGGCGAGGUGACGCAAGCCGUGAAGGACGCCAUCGACAUCGGGUACCGCCACAUCGACUGCGCGUUCGUCUACGGGAACGAGCCAGAGGUCGGCGCUGCGCUCAGCGCCAAACUCCAGGACGGGACCGUCAAGAGAGAGGAUCUCUUUAUCACCUCCAAGCUUUGGAACACGUUCCACCGCCCAGACCUGGUGCGUGGCGCUCUGCUCAAGACCCUGGAGAACCUCGGCCUGCAGUACCUAGACCUGUACCUGAUCCACUGGCCUCAAGGCUACAAGGAAGACGGGGAUCUGUUCCCCGCGGACGCCUCCGGCAAGAUCCAGUUCUCGGACGUGGACUACGUGGCCACGUGGGCGGCGCUGGAGCCGCUCGUGGCGGAGGGCCGCGUGCGCUCGCUCGGACUCUCCAACUUCAACUCCAAGCAGGUCGCUCGGGUGCUGGAGGUCGCCAACGUCAAGCCCGUCGUCAACCAGGUCGAAUGCCACCCGUACCUCAACCAGCAGCGCCUAAAAGAGUUCUGCGAAGCUCGCGGCAUCAAGCUGACCGCCUACUCGCCCCUGGGGUCCCCGGACAGACCCUGGGCCAAGCCUGGGGAGCCGCUGCUCAUGGAGGACCCCAAGCUCAAGGCCAUCGCUGACAGACUCGGCAAGACCCCUGCUCAAGUGCUCAUCAGAUACCAGAUCGACCGCGGCGUCAUAGUGAUCCCGAAGUCCGUCAACAAGUCCAGGAUCGCCUCCAACUUCGACGUGUUCGACUUCAAGCUGUCCAAGGAGGACCUCGACCUGAUCGACUCUUUCAACGUGGACGGCCGAUUCGUUCCGAUGACCGCAUCUCUUGGCCACAAGUAUCAUCCUUUUGAAAACGACGAGUUCUAAACUAUCUGUAAUGGUUCUGUUAUAUGUAUAUUCUGUUAGUGCGUGCACAUUUUAUCUAUAAUAAAUUGUUAUAAUUAA